GUUCCUUUGAAAGUCACGUAAACCCACAGUUCUCAUCACCCGAAACAAAUACCGACUCCCGUUAUACAAGCUCCUGUCCGAAUCCGAGAUACUAUUACCAAAUAGUACCCCAAAAAUAAUAGGGAAAUAGUAAAUUAAGAAAAUCCACAUCGGGAUUCAGGCGAGAAAGAGAGAGUUCCACUUUGAGAUUUUCCUCUAUUGGCUUAUUCCUCUUUACCGGAGGGCAAUCUUCUUCCAUCUUGCACGCACAAACACGCACUUUUGUAUGUGCCUAAAUUUCCUCAAACUUGCAUUCUGUCAAACCCUAAUCCUCUAUUGCGAUCUCCAUCUCUAUACCUCUGUGCUACAGUGAAGAAGAAUUUGAAUUGGAGAGGUUAAUCAAUGAUCGCGGUGACUUCUUCAAUUGAAGUCACGGUUUUGGAAGAGAAUGAAGCUGUGGUGAAAGCGUGAGAACAAUUUGUUGCUAUUAUUGCUAGAAACGCCAUGUGGUUCUCCUUUUGGAGAUCCAGAGAUCGAUUCUCCUUGGAUGAAUUCAGAUUUUUGACUGAUCAGCUGAUGAAAGUUCAAGUUGUUAAUGAGGUCAACAAGGAUUUUGUGAUUGAGGCACUAAGAUCAAUUGCGGAGUUGAUAACAUAUGGUGAUCAACAUGAUGUGGCCUAUUUUGAGUUUUUCAUGGAGAAGCAGGUGAUGGGGGAGUUUGUACGUAUAUUAAGAAUUAGUAGAACUGUUAUUGUUUCACUUCAGUUGCUGCAGACGAUGAGUAUUGUGAUCCAGAACUUAAAAAAUGAGCAUUCUAUUUAUUACAUGUUUAGUAAUGAGCACAUUAAUCACCUUAUAACAUAUUCUUUUGACUUUCGUAAUGAAGAGCUUUUGUCUUAUUACAUAUCCUUUCUGAGAGCAAUAAGUGGAAAGUUGAACAAAAACACCAUUUCCCUUCUUGUGAAGACUCAUAAUGAAGAAGUAGUCUCAUUUCCACUCUAUGUUGAGGCAAUACGCUUUGCGUUUCAUGAAGAAAGCAUGAUUCGAACUGCAGUACGUGCAUUAACCUUGAAUGUUUAUCAUGUUGGCGAUGAGGCUGUUAACAAAUUUGUUGCCGGUGAUCCUCAUGCCGAUUAUUUUUCGAACUUGGUCAAAUUUUUCCGGGAGCAAUGCAUCAACUUGGACAAGUUGGUUAAUGCUUCAAAGUGCAUGAGUCCAGAUACCAGUGGUUCUAUCUUUUCCUCUGUUGAUGAGAUUGAGGAUAACCUCUAUUACUUUAGUGAUGUUAUUUCAGCAGGGAUUCCAGACAUUGGGAGGCUGAUAACGGACCUCAUGUUGAAGGUGCUGAUAUUUCCAUCAAUACUUCCUUCUUUACGGAUGGAAGUAGUUAAAGAUAGUGAUACAGGAAUUGGAACCGCAACUUCGUUGUAUUUACUCUGUUGCAUCUUGCGCAUUGUUAAGAUAAAAGAUUUGGCGAAUAUUGUUGCUGUUGUUCUUCUUUGUGAUAUAGAAACAUUCGUCCCAAGGUCUGAAGCUAAACUGAAUGGUUUCGUGGUUAACCAUGAUGUGUCACAUGAAAAUCAAGAUUCAGAAAAUGGUGGCUUCAGAUCAGAUUCUCAUGGUCAAAGUUUACGGGUUUUAAUUCCAAACAUAUCCAGCUCUUUAAAUAGUCACCCAGAAAAUGACAUUUUACAAACAGAUCAUGGAAGUACAUAUUCUGCAUUAAGGGAGGCCUUACUUUCUUAUAUUACUACUGGUGAUGAUGUUCAAGUUUCGGGUUCUUUAAGCAUGCUGGCUACACUAUUGCAGACUAAAGAGCUGGAAGAAUCAAUGCUUGACGCUCUCGGAAUUCUUCCACAAAGAAAACAACAGAAGAAACUCUUGUUGCAAGCUUUGGUUGGUGAAGGAUCUGCAGAAGAACAACUUUUUUCCUCAGAAAAUAUGGUAAAGGAUGGAAUAGGUAGUGAAAUGGAUUGCUACUUCCAAAAGUUGAAGGAGAAAUAUGGAUUGUUAUGCGUGUGCAAGGAAGUUACAGUGAGUCCUCGUAGACAGAGACUUCAAGUACUCGAUGCGUUGGUCAGUCUAUUCUGCAGGUCAAAUAUCUCUGCAGAAACAUUGUGGGAUGGUGGUUGGCUUUUGCGUCAGUUACUUCCAUACAGUGAAGCGGAUUUUGACUGUCAUCAUCUUAAAUUAUUGAAAGAUUCAUUCCACAGUUGUACGAGCUGUAUUCUUGAUGAAACAAAAGGAACUUGGCCUGAUUUGCUAAUUAUGGUACUAUGUGAUGAGUGGAGAAAGUGCAAAAGAACUAUUGAAGCUUCUUCUCCAAGGAAAGAUCCCAAAUCAAUGCUUUUGCCAUCACACAAGUCCCUUUCUGAAGAACUUGCUUCUGGGGAAUCAUCUUUUGCUGCUGGUGAAAGGUUGUCUGAGAUUGUUAAGGUGUUUGUACUACUUCAUCAGCUUCAUAUUUUUUCAGUUGGGAAAGUGUUGCCCGAUCAACCUCCUAUACAUCCUACAGUUGAUGUCAUGGAAACAUCCCGAGCAAAAAGGGCUGGCGUUGACAGUUUGGGUCCAAAACCUAGCAUUGAAUUAAGUAUUGUUGAUGCGGUUCCUUGUAGAAUUGCAUUUGAGAGGGGCAAAGAACGUCAUUUCCACUUUCUAGCCAUCUCUAUAGGAGCCUCUGGAUGGCUUAUCCUUGCAGAUGAAUUACCUGUGAGGCCAAGCUUUGGUGUGGUUCGUGUAGUUGCGCCUCUGGGUGGUUGCAAUCCCAGAAUUGACGAGAAGCACAUGAGAUGGUUACACCUUCGAAUACGUCCAUCCUCUUUCCCUUCCAUAGAUGCUACAAAGAAUACGGCCCAUGCUAAAGUUAAGUCAAAAGCUUUGGUCGAUGGGCGGUGGACUCUGGCUUUUCGAGAUGAAGAUUCUUGCAAAGCUGCUUUUUCUAUGAUUGUUGAAGAGCUAAAGUUACUGAGCAAUGUGGUUGAAAGAAGAAUAAAACCUAUGCUUGCCAUUGAUAGAACUAUUGAUACUUCAACAAAAUAGACUCAGGUCUCAUGAGAGUACGUCCAAGAAUAUGACCAUAUAGGGAUUUUUGAUAUUUUCACCAGUUUGAUAUUUCACUCUCUCUCUACCCCAAUAUCAUUUUACAGCAGGGGAAGGAGAUAAUAUUAAAGCUUUACCACCCUUUUGUACAUGUUUAAACGAAGCCCUAGAUGUCUGUAAAUUAGAGUAUUUGAUAGAGCCCAUUCUUGUAUAUUAGGUAACCUUUAUUAUUUCUGAUUUGCUAAUUUCAUUAUCAUGUAUGGUCAAUUCUUUAGUUCUUUGAAUCCUUCUUCCUCACAUAUGUAAAGAUGUUUUAGCAACUCUGCAAAAUGUAAAAGUUGUGGGCGCGCUUCUGUUUUCACAAA